CUUCUGCCUACAUGCAAAGAGGUGUUCUCCUAAAUUUUUGGUGUCCCAACCUACAGGGUAAGAUGAAUUGGAACCUUGUGGGUGUACUUGUGACUACCGUGGUUAUAAAACUUACAGGCACAUCACUGUUUCUUCUAUAUUUUUCGCAGAUCUUCGAAAAAGUCCCCAAUAUCAUCUCCGGAGGGAAAACACGCUGCUCCAUAAGAUGGGUCCUUUAUGAGGGAAAUUGCUACUACUUUUCUGCCCUGGAAAAAACAUGGGAUGAGAGCCAGGCAGACUGUGCUCAAGCGAAUGCUCAUCUCGCAGUUGUCAACAGCAGAGCAGAAUUGAUGUUUCUUAUGAAUGGAACAAAAAAUGGAAACUAUUUCCUUGGCCUGACCUGGCAACAUUCCAAAGGACAGUGGAGAUGGGUUGACAACACAAAGUUCAACCCUAACAUAUUUAAUAUCCAACGCACAGCUUUUGACUGUGCCUUGAUUGGAUUUGAUUCUUUGGGCGACAGGUCUUGCUCUGUACCAAGUCGCUGGAUUUGUGAAGAGAAUCUAUAGGCGCUCUGUUAUGAAGGGGAAGGUUGCAGCAAUCUAGAAUCAGGAUUCUUCCUCCUCUAAGAAACUCCGGCCUUUGGGUAACCCUGGUGGGGCAUUCACAUUAUUUGCAUCCAAAGCUGCAUUCAGCCAAUGUAGAGUUGCCCAGCUGAUCACUGCAGGGUUGUGGCUUCCUGUAAAAUAGGGGAUAGGAAUUUGCACACCUUUGUCCUCCUCAGAGAUUCUACUUAUGCCAAGGGAUCCUUCAAGUAUCUCUCCCACUCAUCUGUAUUUAAUACAGAAAAGAAAGUUGGGGAGAGGCAUUUGCAAUGCCAAUAAGCAUUUUGUCCCAUGAAUGUUUUAACAUGUAUGUGACAAACCACUGGAGGCAAGAUGCUUAAAGUGUAAAAAUUGACAAUUAUUAGGAGAAUAACAAUUAGGGCUGUGACCAGCUUAAAGAAAUCUAAGUUUAUUAAUUGAAGGAGUUUCAGGGAGCAAUCUUCAGC